GGGCAGGCGGUGGAGAGCUUCCCGCUGGACUUCACAGCCGUGGAAGGCAAUAUGGACAGCUUCAUGGCGCAGGUCAAGAGCCUGGCACAGUCUCUGUACCCCUGCUCUGCGCAGCAGCUCAACGAGGACCUGCGCCUGCACCUCCUGCUUAACACGUCGGUGACCUGCAACGAUGGCAGCCCGGCCGGCUACUACCUGAAGGAGUCCAAGGGUAGCCGGCGGUGGCUACUCUUCCUGGAAGGUGGCUGGUACUGCUUCAGCCGGGAGAACUGUAACUCCAGAUAUGACACCAUGCGGCGCCUCAUGAGCUCCAAAGACUGGCCCCAGACUCGCACAGGCACAGGGAUCCUGUCCUCUCAGCCAGAGGAGAACCCCUACUGGUGGAAUGCCAACAUGGUCUUCAUUCCCUACUGCUCCAGUGACGUUUGGAGUGGGGCUUCCUCCAAGUCUGAGAAGAAUGAAUAUGCAUUCAUGGGUGCCCUCAUCAUCCGAGAGGUGGUGCAGGAGCUCCUGGGCCGAGGACUGAGCGGGGCCAAGGUGCUGCUGCUGGCUGGGAGCAGCGCUGGGGGCACUGGGGUGCUGCUGAAUGUGGACCGUGUGGCUGAGCAGCUGGAGGAACUGGGCUACACAGCCAUCCAGGUUCGGGGUCUGGCUGACUCAGGCUGGUUCCUGGACAACAAACAGUACCGCCACACGGACUGCAUCGAUACCGUCACCUGCGCACCCACAGAGGCCAUCCGCCGUGGCAUCAGGUACUGGAAUGGCAUGGUCCCAGAGCGCUGUCGAAGCCAGUUCAAGGAGGGCGAGGAGUGGAACUGCUUCCUGGGCUACAAAGUCUACCCGACUCUGCGCUGCCCAGUGUUCGUGGUGCAGUGGCUGUUUGAUGAGGCCCAGCUGGCCGUGGACAACGUGCACCUCACAGGACAGCCGGUCCAGGAGGGGCAGUGGCUGUACAUCCAGAACCUGGGCCGUGAGCUGCGCAGCACACUCCAGGACGUGCCGGCCAGCUUUGCUCCCGCCUGCCUGUCCCACGAGAUCAUCAUCCGGAGCCACUGGACAGAAGUCCAGGUGAAGGGGACCUCGCUGCCUCGAGCACUGCACUGUUGGGACAGAAGCCUCCAUGACAACCACAAGGCCAGCAAAACUCCCCUGAAGGGCUGCCCCAUCCACCUGGUGGACAGCUGCCCCUGGCCCCACUGUAACCCUUCGUGCCCCACCAUUCGGGACCAGUUCACUGGGCAGGAGAUGAACGUGGCCCAGUUCCUCAUGCACAUGGGCUUCGACGUGCAGACGGUGGCCCAGCAGCAGGGACUGGAGCCCAGCAAGUUGCUGGGGAUGCUGAGCAGUGGGAGCUAGGGAGGCCACCUGGAGGAGGACCCAGCCCCGGCUGGCCAGGCACCUUCUGCCUCAGUGCCCCUCCUGCCUCCCCCAGGUCACCAGCCACCCCUGGCAGCCUCCCUGUUCCUCCCCUGCCACCUCAGGAGAUCCAGCCAGAGAGGGUGACUUACCCUUAGCCCCUGUGCAGCAGGGAACCCUGCCCAGCCCCACCUGCCUGGCCCAGCCCCAGCCUCCAUGGGAGAGAGAACCAGGAGCCAAGCGCCGGAUGCCUGCCCAGCCCCAGCCUGUCAUGCUCUUUUGUAUUAUUUUAUAAAGUAACUUUUUUA